AGGGUGGUAGGGAAGGCGUUUAGGAGAUGCCUGUGUCUUAGAAAACUCUUCACAUCAGUAGAUGGGAGCUCCUGUAAUUUUAAUUGCUGAAGUACUUCGUUUUCAGGAUGUGCCACACUUGUUUAUCAAACUCCCCACUUUUAUGAUGGUUUCCCAUCUUCCCUUACUCUGAAUCAUUUGACAGUUGUUGUAUAGCACUCGUUAGAUUCUAACAAGGAUAACAUUUCUGAAGUCAGCAUGUGUUUUUUAUUUCCUUGCUAGGUUCCUGGACUCCAGCAGCUGGUUCUGGUGUCCUGCUUUCCUCUUCAUCCCUAGCUGGCCCACCCUCUGCACCCUCAGCUCAGGUGCACAUGGCCUCCAGAGGCAGCAGACCCAAGCCCCAGAGCAUUCCACUCAGCUUGGAGGGAAUCCAACAGAACCAGCGGAUGUGGUUGGUGAAGCUUCCUAAAUACCUGUCACAGCAGUGGUCUGAAGCUUCUGGAAGCGGUGAAGUAGGGAAGCUGCAGAUUGCCAAAAAUCGGGGAAAGUCUGAAAUCUCAUUUAUCUUGAAUAAGGAACUUACAGACAUUCGGGGUACAGAUGGACAACCUGCCCCGGUCAUUGCUCCCAGGGAGCAUCAGCUUGUCUUGCAGGGGGUCAGAGGCCAGGUCCUCACAGUGCUGACUGAGCGUGCACCGGAUCAGCUCUCCCUGGAAGGAACGGUGGUACAUCGGGGAGAAUGCAGACCUGCUCUGAGUGAAAACUACACGAGGCUGAAGAGAAAGCAAAUAGAGGAGUCUUCCAAACCUGCCAGAACCGUACAGAAACUGGAGAAGGUAGUCACGACCAAUUAUAAACCUGUUGCCAAUCAUCAGUACAAUAUUGAAUAUGAGAAGAAAAAGAAAGAAAAUGGAAAGAGAGUGAAGGCUGAUAAAGACCAAGUUUUAACCUUGCUAUUUGCUGCCUUUGAGAAACACCAGUAUUAUAACAUAAAGGACUUGGUUGGUAUCACUAUGCAACCUGUGGCGUACCUGAAGGAAAUCUUGAAUGAAAUCGGUGUUCAGAAUGUAAAAGGGCCCCACAAAAACACAUGGGAGCUAAAAGCAGAGUACCGGUAUUGUCCGGCAGCAGCUAAGAGUGAGCGAGACAGCCCUUUGUCAAGAAGCGUCAACAUGAGCGGGACAAUCUUCCGAUGCUAAAAGUGAUGUGAGGCUGUGUUAUUGGUAAGAGAUAGGGCGAUUAAAUAUCUUUUUAAGUAUUCACAUUUAGAUUGUAAAACAGGGAAAUAAAAAAAGAUGUAAACGGAGAAAA